UUCUCUUCUUAAGCCGAAGGACCUUGACACUUUCCGGAGGAGCCCAGCCAUGGAGGAGAUGCUCACCUGCAGCCGAAGCCCUUUCUCCCAGGUGUUUGGGCGUCAGGGUCAGCUCAUGCAAGCCACUGUGCAGUCUCUGAACAGCUUGAAUGACCAGAUUGCAAACUUCAUGGUGACUGGACCCAAGUCCCUGGAACAGGAGGAGCACGCCUUUCCUCCUCCUCCUGAGAAGGAGACACUGCAGAAAUCCAUGACCCUCAUGAGGCACCUCCUCGUGGAUGCUCAGGCAAAAAUCCUGAAAAUGAUGGAUGACAACAAGCAGCUUGCCCAACGCAUCGAUGGGGCCAUUCAGUCAGCCAGCCAGGAGGUGACCAACCUGCGGUCAGAGCUGAGCGCCACCAGCCGCAGACUGGCCGAGCUGGGAGCAGACUCUUCUGCCAGUAUGCUCGAGACCCUGCAGCACAACCACAAUGAUCCAUCUCCCCACCAGAGGCAGAAGCCCCCAGCUACUGAACUCUGCUACAAGACUGAAAUCAGCAGUCUCAUGGACUUCAACUCUCCAGAUGCCUCUCUGGACAAAGUUCUGCUGCGUGAAGAGGUGGCCCAGCUCCAGGAAGAGGUGCACCUGCUGCGGCAGAUGAAGGACAUGUUGAGUAAGGACCUGGAGGAGACCCAGGGAGGCUGCUCAGCUGAUGUGCUCUCUGCCACUGAACUGCGCGUGCAGCUGGCCCAGAAAGAACAGGAGCUGGAUCGAGCCAAGGAGGCUCUGCAAGCCAUGAAGUCGGACCGUAAGCGUCUGAAGGCGGAGAAGGCAGACCUGGUGAAUCAGAUGCAGCAGCUUUAUGCCACACUGGAGAGCCGAGAGGAGCAGCUCCGUGACUUCAUACGCAACUAUGAGCAGCACAGAAAAGAGAGCGAGGAUGCAGUAAAGGCGCUGGCCAAAGAGAAAGACCUCCUGGAGAGAGAAAAGUGGGACCUGCGGCGUCAGACCAAGGAAGCCACGGAGCACACGGGGAUGCUGCGGUCCCAGCUUGAUCUCAAGGAGAACCGCAUCAAGGAGCUGGAGGCUGAACUUGCCAUGAUGAGUAACUGUGUCAAUCAGAGAAUGGAGUUCCGGGUGUUUGAGCGGCUUGUGGACAGGGACUGCUCUCCUAGGGUCAUGGCGGCCAAACAGUCGCUAGCCACCCUGACCAAGGACGUACCCAAGCGUCACUCGCUGGCCAUGCCCACGGAGGCAGUUGUCAACGGAAAUAACCAGGAGUGGGUGAUGCAGGCUGAUCUACCCCUGACUGCUGCCAUCCGACAGAGUCAGCAGACCCUCUAUGUCCACACGGGGCAUCCCACUGACAGGCAAGUGGCUGCCGUGCGGGUGAGCCCGUGCCACUCGCGCCAGCCCUCCAUCAUCUCCGACGCCUCUGCGGUGGAGGGAGACCGGUCGUCCACACCCAGCGACAUCAACUCGCCGCGCCAUCGGACUCACUCCCUCUGCAAUUCCCUAGAAGAUCUGGAGGAGGCGAAGCGUAAGAAGAAGAAAGAAAAGAUGGGGCUGGGUUCUUUGUCGCGUGUCUUCGCCCGAGGAAAGCAACGCAAGUCCCUCGACCCUGGUUUGUUUGAUGGUACUUCAACACCUGAUUAUUACAUAGAGGAGGAUGCAGACUGGUAAAGCACACACGUCCGAGUGAUCCACCUGGA